CCUGGCAUUCCGACCUCAGUCCCUCCUCGGUUACUUAUUAUCGCCGCCUGCUCUCUCCACAAUCAUUUCACAGCAAGAGAGGAGAGCAGCAGCCCGUCCGGGAGGAAGGACGAGGGCUUCGAGUUAGAGAGAGGAAGACUCGUGGAAAUAGUGGAAUUUGUGUGAAUUCAACACCGAGGACGACGUUUCUUUACGAUGAGAGCGUGAGCUGGUUCACAACUAUUUUAUUUAAGAUUUUCCACACUGAUAAAAAGCAAAUCAACUGAUUUUUAGAGGGAGUUACGCCAUCCAGGCAGCAGUAUGUCCACUGAAGAGCCGUCUGGCACGGUCCUGCACAGGCUCAUCCAGGAGCAGCUUCGCUAUGGGAACCCCACAGACACCCGCACCUUACUGGCCAUCCAGCAGCAGGCCCUGCGUGGAGGCAGUGGGAGCAACAGUGGCCCCAGCAGCGGAGGCGACAUGAGCAGGAGCCCACGGUCCUCCCUGGAGAGCCUGACACAGGAGGACCCCCUGUACCCCCAGCUCACGGCCAGGCAGGAGCCCCAGGGUGAGGAGCACCAGGGGGACUACCAUCACUCAGAGAGCGGCUAUCCUCUGCACGGGGAGACGCUGCCAACUUACGAGCAAGCCAAGGCGCACUCGCAGUAUCUGGCCUCUCACUGGGCAGCCGCGGGCCCGCUUCUGCACGACGGGGCCUUCCACGAAGAGGCGGAUUUGAUGGAGCUGAAAUGCAGCCACGUGCGGUCGCUCAGCGAGCAUCGCAUGCAGAUUUCUCUGGAGAGGAACGAUCCGGUGGCAAAAAUGGAAGCCAUCAAGAUCACCUCUCACAGCUACCCCGAGCUUCCAUACUACCACCCGCAAUGUCCUCCGAGCUCAGGACCAAGCAUGGACAAACGCAGCCCACCCCCAGAGUACCCAGUCCCCAUCCAGGGCCAAGGAUUUAUCCCACACCAGGUUCCAGAGCCAGUACAGGCCCAGCAGCACAGGUUUGUUCAAUCUGCUCAGCCAGCAGAAGCCCCCUGCUACAACUCAUUUCACAGCCUGCCCCCUGCUGGCCUGGAGGAGCCGAACCAGGUGGAGCUGCUUCUGAUGGAGAACGAGAGACUCAGGCAGGAGCUGGAAGCUCACCGGGAGAAAACUGGCCGCAUUCAGAAGUUGGAGCAGGAGAUCCAGCGCAUUUCGGAGGCCUACGAGACCUUGAUGCAGGGCAGCAGUAAGAGAGAGAACUUGGAGCAGACCCUGAGGAGGAGGCUGGUGGCUGAGAUCAGGAGGCUGCAGGAUUUCAACAGAGAUCUGAGAGAAAACUUGGAAAACGCCAGAACUCAUGUUGCAAAAGAAGUUGAGGCAGCUGACCACAACCAGCACAUCAUGGCGAAACUCCUCGAACAAAAUGAGGAGCAGAACUCUGAACGUGAGCGAGUGGAGCGUGAGCUGCAGAGGCUGCGAGCCACGGCGGAGGAGCAGAGCCUCAAGGCCAAGAGGCUGGAGGAGGCCCUGGAGGCGGCCCGGGGACGGGGUCGCCAGCUCGAGGAGGAGCUCAGGAGGAAACGGGCUUAUGUAGAGAAAGUGGAGAGGCUGCAGAGCGCUCUGGCUCAACUCCAGUCCACUUGUGAGAAGAGGGAGAGUCUGGAGAUGAAGCUGAGGACAAGGCUAGAGCAGGAGCUGAGGAGUCUGAGAGCUCAACAGAGGCAGUCGCAGCCCCCAGGUGUCACCAUGGGCUCCCUCCAAGAGCGCUUGCGUGAGCGCGAGGAGCGAAUCCUGGCCCUGGAAGCAGACAUGGUGCGCUGGGAGCAGAAGUACCUGGAGGAGAGCACCAUGAGGCAGUUCGCCAUGGAGGUGGCCGCCACAGCUGCGGCGCAGAGAGACACGACCAUCAUUAACCACUCCCCCUGCCACUCCUCCAACAACAGCUUCAACGACGACCUGCCAGUCGCAGACUACAGGAACCAGGAGAUGGAGAACAGAAUCCGAGCUCUUUACGCUCAGAUCUUGGAAAAAGACGCCGUGAUCAAAAUACUCAACCAGAGGCUGCACCAGGAUCAAGGCUGCAAAGAUGAGACAAGUCCCCGAACGAACCUCCUGAAUUCAGCGGGGGCUCCGCUCCGACCCGCCUCCUCCACUCCCGCCAUCAGCACGACAAAGGGCCAGACCAAGAGUAGAGGUAAAAGUCUUUCAGAUGAUCAGACUCAAAACCAUCAGUUCUCCAGUCAGUCUGAACCUGGAACGUUAGAACGGCAAGUGGAGGAACCCAAACCCAAAGAGGCUGCCAGGACGGCCAAGCUCAUCAGUGACAAGGCAGCGCCGAAGAAGUUGCUGUUAAACCCGUUCAGAGGUCUGGAUGAGCUGGAGUCGGAGGCAGUAGAGAUCUUCAUUUAAAAGAGCAAGAAAGUCGAUUUUGAAUGGGAACGACAAAGAAAAAAAAAGAACUGAACAAAUCUGUGAAGAGUGCAUGAGAGUGAGAUGUAAUACUGGAUGCACGAAUG